AUUAGACAAAAAGUUUGUAAAUUCAAAAAUUUCUCUCUCUACUCCAACCCCCAAAAAUUGAAAUCCCGCGCCACCGUUUUCCCCCACCGGGAAAUGGCCCUUUCCGCCCCUCCUCCGCCACCCGAUGCGUCUCCUCCACCCACCACCGCCGCCACGGCGACGACGGCGUCCACCUCUACUCCUGCUACUACUACUACAACUACUACUCACGCAGCAAGACCACCGUUCCCUCCGAACCCGAGACUCCCUCCGCCUACCCAAUCCCACGCGAUUUAUCCCGCCCCCUUUUACCCUCCCCAGGUGAUUCAUCCACCACAUCUCGCCAAUCCGAGACUCCCUUCUAGUCCCAGCUUUCCUCAACCGCUGCCGCACGACGUUAGCACCGCCGCCGCCUCGCCAGCAACUACCAAUUCCGGUAUACUUUAUCCCGUAGCAUCGUCCGGCCGGGGAUUCAUCCAGAAGCAGCAGCCUUCUACUGUUACUGUAUCUAACUCUAACCCUAAUUCUCAUCCAUUUAACAAUCGCUCCGGGGUGAUUUCAUAUUCCAGGCCACUGUUUGGGUACCCUCAUCCGGAUCCGGGUCAAAGUCCUGGAAUGGCGAUGGGUAUGGGGUAUGUCAGUGGUCGACCCGCUCAGUUCCAGCAGCAAGGUGGUGUUAGUGGUACCAUGGUCUUCCCGGGUGUGAUUAAUAGUGUCCCCGUUGCUUCUUCCCAGGGCCAACGCAAGAUUAGUUUUUCAUCAGCUCCAAAUGCUGAUAGUAAUGGCCACAAAGAUUCCAGGGGAAAAAGCAGGGACGAGUCUCUUUUAACUGUCAGAGAUAGAAAGGUCAAAAUGUCUGAGAGCGCUUCUAUUUAUGCUCUCUGCCGAUCAUGGUUGAAGAACGGUGCACUUGAAGGAAAUCAGCCGGUAUACCAGGAUGGAGCUAGACUUCCAAGACCUUUGCCCUUAUCAGUAGAAAAGGUGGUUUCACCAGCAGAGAAGGAUGAUGCUAAGGAAGAAACGGAGGAAGAAGGAUCUGUGGAGAAUUUAACCCCAGAGGAGUUGUUGCAAGGCCAUAUCAAGCGUGCUAAGAAAGUACGAUCAUGGUAAGUUUAACUUUAUACUCCAUGCUUUUUCAUAAUUGAAAAUGCCAUCAAAGGAAGUUUGAUCCGUGAAUAAGAUUAAUGAAUGCCUUAAAGUGUGGUUUUGUGGCUUAACAAUUUAGUCUUGCCUUCUAAGUUUCUGCUCUAUAGCUUCUUGAAUUUAGACUAUUUAGUAAUAUAUAGGCUGAUAAGUUGUAGUGUGUAGUUACUAUUUGAGGUUUAGUUCAUCUUCUGAUGGUUUUUAGUCUUUAUGAGAACCUUUAGAUUGUUUCCUGAUUCUUGUUCUUAAUGAAUCUUCCCAGAGGCAAAGUUUUCUAUUGAGGGAGUCUUCUGGAAGCAUGUUCUUGUUGCGUUCUUGAAAAUGUUUCCUUUCUUGAGGGAUGAAGGAUCAUAAUUAUUUUUCGACUGAAAAAUUAAUACCAUUCACAAGUUGAAAAUAUUCUGCAAAGUGUUUUCCAAAAUUUAUUCACACGUAGAAAAGGAAAGUUGUUCGUCGAAAAAGCCAAGGCCACAUCAUGUUCAGCAGCUACAGUAAAUUGACCAGAAUUUGACUGUAUUCUGAACUAUUAUUAUUAUAAUUUUUUUUUUUUGGGGGGGGGUGGGGCAGUUGUUGAAGAAACAGGGUUUGUCCUUUAUGGUAAGGAAGUAAAAGAAAAAUCUCGGUUGAUGGAAGGAGUUAAUGGAAACAGUGUAGGUUUGCGAUUCCAAAUGAAGAAGAUAGAAAGUACAUCUAGGAUAACUGGGGUGGCUAUAUGGAUAAUAUCUUGCCAUUAUAUUGAGUUAAAUUCUGUGUUCUCUGUUAUGUUAGUUUAAAUUAAUGCUGCAUUUUGUAAGUUUUUCUCUAAUCCUUUUUAAAGUUUUGUCCUGAUUGAAAAAUUAAUACUUCUCUGUGUAUAACUUAUUGGGGCAUCUAAAGUUUCCUGCACAUAUGUCCUAGCUCUUUAGGAUGUGUUUUUCACAUCUAAUAUAAUGGGAAAACCACUAUUUUAUUUCAAGGAUACUCAUUUGUAUCACCAUUCUCAGCUGUAAUUUUCAUUUUUUGCUCAUUUUUGUCUUUUGUCACUUGGCGCUUUGAUCUAUAUAUAGUAUUGUCAUGCUCGUCAAAUUCACAAAUAUAUUGCUUUUAUGGAACUUCUGCGUCGAAUAAUUUCUCAUUUUCACUUAGUGGAAGUCAGAAGACAUGCAGAUAGGAUAACAAUCUUCUGUAUCAGUUAUCGUCUGACUCUUUUGUGCUGCAGAAAUACUGCUUUUUGCAGCUCAAAUACUGUGACAAUUUAUUCACAAACUGGCCCUCUUGCAUGAGUUAUAAACCAUGAGUAAUGUUCUUUGUGUUGUGUAGUUUGCGAGAAGAAAGACUUCGACGGAUUGCAAGAUACAAAACCAGAUUAGCCCUUCUCCUGCCGCCGAUGGUAGAGCAACAACUUAGAAAUGAUUCAGCCCCUGGAAACUGAUGUGUUAUGUUGUGACAUUGAGCUAGUCAGUCUGAAGUUUUGGGUAGGUUGAUGAUGCCGAAGUGAAUCCUCAUCGUAAAGGGACUCCGAGUAGCUAAGGCCUGUUGACAUGAUGUUGUUUUUUUUUUUUUUUUUGGCCAUAUUUGCAGGCCUGUUGACAUGAUGUUGUUAGUAUUGGUUGGCAGAGUUCUAGUUAGGGAAAGCCUGCUUUAUCCAUCGCGGUGACUGCCCACUGUAGUUAUAGCAACGUAUGUAUGUUUAGUGAUUUUUUUCCAGGAAUUGAUUCCAUAAUGCAAAACUUCUGGACUUAAAUAGCACGAUUCUUUUCUGCCGCCAGAUGCAAUUACCUGGUUGAGUCGUGAUUUUUGAGCAUCUCCUAAACGUCUAUACAAUAG